CCCGUAUCCUUGCGAAGUCACCCGUACGUCGGUGUGCGGUCGGCCGACAGGGCAGACUAUGUGUGAAAGAUUGUGGGUCGCUUGGUUGAAGCUUGAGCCCGGCAUGAAUCAAUGGCCUUCCUACCUUGACGGGGGCCGUACGUCUACUCUCUUGUGUUGGGAGGAAGGAGAGACAACUGCGCUCGUACACUUGGAUGUGCUGACCAACACACGUGGAUAUUUGGACACACUGACUGUGUCCACUGACCGACGACACGUACGUGUCGGACGCCUCGCGCUGAAGGUGGCGCGGUCAGUGAUAAGAGCCAGUGAUUACAUUGGUCUAAUGGGCUACUAAUUACGGCAAUAGUUCAUCAAUUGCUGUUCACAUCAUUAAGUGCUUUCUGUCGCCGUCACUGCACGCUGCUCGCUUGUCCGUGGUUGGAGCAGGGCUGUCCCUCACCGGAGUUGUUGCACACAGGUGUUAUAUCUCGUGCUGUGAUUCAGGUAGUCCAUGAGAAUCUGACUAGAUUGUGAGGAAAUUGAUUUCAAUACUGGUGGAUAGUUGAUUCAAAAAGUGUUUUUUCUUUAACGUGGAUUAUCCCAAAAGGUGGAUUAUUAUCCGUAGAAGUGGAUUAUUAUUACCAGUGGAUAACAACUUAUGGAUGUAUGUGUAGUUGUUCGAUAGCGCGGCGCUGCAAAUGGUUUCUCUGUGUGAAAACAUGGAAAGAUAAGAAAUUGGCAGGCCUACCAUUACACUCAGAGAGUAGUGUCAAAAUCAGCAAAGGGGGGCCACUCCAGUUCAACGGGACGGAGUUUUCAUGGAUUGUUUCUGCCUGCUCGAUUCGCUUCGUCAAACCCUCGUUUUUCUACCUCACGGCCACCACAUUUCUCGGACUGUUGUCAGGAUAGUCCAAAGCUAGUCCAGGGAUUGUGUCAGGAUAGGCCAGGGAUUGUGUCAGGAUAGGCCAGGGAUUGUGUCAGGAUAGGCCAGGGAUUGUGUCAGGAUAGGCCAGGGAUUGAGGGUUGGCCAGGGAUAGGCCAGGGACUGUCGUGGCCAGCGGGUCGAGACCUGUGGAGCUGACCAUGAGCGCGAUGGAUGACCUGACCUAACGGUACCUGGCGCAUGCCUGCAGCUCUAGCAUGGAACUUAGACAUGCCUUACAGGGCGAGGGUUCCCACACAUUAUGAGGAGAAAGUCUUUUCUUUGUCAAGCUAGCCUAAUUAGGUUAUUGUUGCUGCUGCUGAUUGAGAUAACGCCUGUACAACCUGCGCCCAAAAUCUCCGUGCCCUCUAACCCCUUCAAGUCUGUGACGGGAGGGACAACUUUCGUCAGCGAGUUCGAGCUGAUCAACCGGUGCAGUGGGAAGCGGGUCGGCAUGAGAACCAGAGGUGACCAGACGAAAAUACGGGCAGACGUCGAUAGCCACAGAUCACCUCAAGCUCUGCUAGAAUUUAGCUCUGAGAUUAUGAAAGGAAGGGGGGCUGUGAUCAAGAUCAAGGCCAAAUUUAGCCAGAAAUACAUAUGUUUUAGCCAGAAAGGAAAAAUCAUUGGCCGGGUGUCAGGCGGCGCCAAACUGUGCAAGUUCGUGGAGAACCAGAGUUCGCACCCGUCCUUCCAGCAGUUCCAGUCGGCCGUCCACCCCCGCUGGCGCCUGGGCUUCAACAAGCGCGGGGGGCGGCUGCUGGGCUACGCCAACGUCAGCAGCGACUGCUUCGAUUUUUUCAAGAUCUACCACUUGCAGCCCGAGAUCAUACAGCCCAGUGACCUUAACCUUCAGCCCAGUGACCUCAACCUUCAGCCGCCCCUCCAGGGCUGAACGCGCUGGGGGAACCAGCGGCUGUACAGGCAUCGCAACCUUUAACCUCAUCAGUUCUGUGAUAGUCUGCACGCGGUGAUGCCCAUCCGGCAUACACUCAGCAGCCGGCAGACUUUCAACGGCCGGCAGACGUUCAGCAGCCGGCAGACAUUCAGCCGGCAGACUUUCAACGGCCGGCAGACGUUCAGCAGCCGGCAGAUUUUCAACGGCCGGCAGACGUUCAGCAACCUACUGUGUGGAAUCCUUUUAGUGACUGACCUAGAUCUGAUCUACUUCAACGUGAGCUCAAUGUUGACAGCUCACGAUCACGUGACGCACGUGCGAACUUACAGUAGACAAGUGUGGCCACAUCUCAACACGAUGUUGUGGCCCAAUGUUCGCUGGCCCAAUGUUCGCUGGCCCAAUGUUCGCUGGCCCACUCUUCUCUUGUUUAUAUGGCCCGGCAUUCAAUCAAACCUGGAAAGUUGUCAUGACAACCUGCUGUCUUAGAUCUACACCGGCAUCAUUCCUGGAACCAUCUCAAGACUAGGUGUACAUAUGUAGCCAGUACCUGCCUCUCUGGUCAGUCAGAUAGUACAUCGCCUCUCUGGUCAGUCAGAUAGUACCUCGCCUCUCUGGUCAGUGAGAUAGUACCUCGCCUCUGUGCUGAGGUCAUUGACCAGCAGCACGCGAUAGUUGUUGAAGAGACAGACUCACCAAGAGAACAGAUGACAGCUAAGACUGUGCCACCUGCUACAGACUUAACCCUUUCAUGGGCUGCUCCUUCA